GCUGGCCAGAUCAACAUGAGACCGUACCAAGUUGCUUGUAUCGUUGUGGCUGCUUUGCUGCUUUUGGAGGCGACACCCGCAGAGGCGAAACGUCGCAAGCACAAGGGCUCCGAUCACCAUAAUCACGAGAAGUCCGAUGCCCACAAGACCAAGACGAAGACCAAGUGGUCCAGCUCGACGGAUCUGGCUGGCAGCACUCAGGUAUCCACCGAGGAGCACGGCUACUAUGUGAAGCGCACCUAUGCGGCUCCCGGGGAAUCUGGAUCCAGUCAGAAGCGUCUGAGUCCGCCCUACCUGGCCAUUCCCAUUGCGUGGUUCGGCUGUGAGUCCGGCCAAAAGAAUUGCCAGACCUCCAAUUCCGCGGCCAUCAAUAGUGCAGCCCAGUCAUUGAGCGAGGGCUAUUUGUGCGACGAUGAUUGCGAUGAGCUGUACGAACCCGUUUGCGGCAGGACAUCCUCCGAAGUGGCCGUCUUCUACAACAAAUGCAAACUGAGCGUGGCCAAGUGCCGAUCCCACGGCCUUUGGACGGACUUCUCCUAUUCCGAGUGCCAGGCGAAAUACACCCAGGAGACUGCCUAUGCCGACAAGAAGUUCCGCUCGUCACCUUACUUCCGGGAUGCGGCCAUUGUUGAGCAACUGAAGCUGGCGGAGGAGAAAAAGAAGCAGGAGGAGGAGAAAAAGAGGCAGGAGGAGGAGAAACAGCAGCUGGAGGAGGAGAAAAAGAGGCAGGAGGAGGAGAAGGAGAAGCAGCAAAAAAAGAAGGAAAAGGCUGAGAAAAAGAAGAUGGAAAAGGACAGCAGUGAGAGCAGUGAGGAGAAGGAGUUCCAAAAGGAGAAGAACGAGGAGGAGCCCUUGACCCUGACUGUCAAGAAGCUCCUGGCAGCUCCUCUGAUCCCAGUGCCAGUUGCUGUCCAGGCCGCGAUUCCAAAACCAACCGCAGUUUUUGAGCCUGCAAAGACCACUGAGGACAUCGCCCUGCCCCCCAUGCCCUUAAAGGAUACUCCCACCCCCAAACCACUGGAAAUCGCGCCCCUAAAGGACCUUACCCCACCCAAGGGCAAGGACAAUGAUAGGCUCAAGUACCAUAUAGCUUAGCCUAUAAAUUAAUUAGAAAAUCUCAUUU